GUGAUGGGAACCCCGAGUCCGGCUACCCCCUGGGGCGGAGCCCUCUGGGCCCUCCUCCUGGCCACACUUGGCUGCUCGGCCGGCCAGCCGCUGGGGGGAGAGUCCAUGUGCACGGCCCAGCCCCUGGCCAAGUACAGCAUCACCUUCACGGGCAAGUGGAGCCAGGCAUCCUUCCCCAAGCAGUACCCGAUGUUCCGCCCACCCGCGCAGUGGUCAUCCCUGCUGGGGGCUGCGCACAGCCCCGACUACAGCCUGUGGAGGAAGGGCCAGUACGUGAGCAAUGGGCUGAGGGACUUCGCGGAGCGCAGCGAGGCCUGGGCACUGAUGCAGGAGAUGGAAGCUGCCGGGGAGAAGCUGCAGAGCGUGCACGGCGUGUUCUCGGCCCCAGCCGUGCCCAGCGGCACCGGGCAGACGUCCGCGGAGUUUGAGGCCCACUCCAGGCACUCGCUCGUGUCCUUCGUGGUCCGCAUCGUCCCCAGCCCCGACUGGUUCGUGGGCGUCGACAGCCUGGACCUGUGUGACGCGGGCCGCUGGAGGGAGCAGGUGGCAGUGGACCUCCACCCUUACGAUGCCGGGACCGACAGCGGCUUCACCUUCUCGUCCCCCAAGUUCGCGACCGUCCCGCAGGACACGGUGACCGAGAUCACGGCCUCCUCUCCCAGCCACCCCGCGAACUCUUUCUACUACCCGCGGCUUAAGUCCUUGCCUCCCAUCGCUACGGUGACCCUGGCGCGGCUCCCGCACAGCCCCAGGGCCUUCCCGCCCGCCCCUGGCCUCGGGCGCGGGGGCAACGAGGUCGCCGACAGCCUGCCAGCUCCGGAGACGCCGCUGGACUGCGAGGUGUCGCUGUGGUCGUCCUGGGGGCUGUGCGCAGGCCUGUGCGGGCGGCCCGGGGCCAAGAGCAGGACGCGCUACGUCCGUGCGCAGCCCGCCAACCACGGGGCGCCCUGCCCGGCGCUGGAGGAGGAGGCCCCGUGCGUCCCUGACAACUGCGUCUGACGCCGGGGUCUCAGAGCCCCCUGAGCCCCGCCGCCGGCGACCUCCGCGCAGAGACUGGCCCCCGGCCCGGCGGC